AUUUGAUCACGUGACGGCCUCUUCGCAAAAUCCGCCAUCAUGGGUCGUAUGCACGCUCCAGGAAAGGGUAUAUCCCAGUCAGCUCUCCCAUACAGACGAUCUGUGCCAACUUGGCUGAAACUGACAUCUGAAGAUGUUAAAGAACAGAUCUACAAACUUUCAAAGAAAGGUCUGACCCCCUCACAGAUUGGUGUUAUCCUGAGGGAUUCCCAUGGUGUCGCCCAGGUCAGGUUCGUCACUGGUAACAAAAUCCUCCGUAUCCUUAAGGCUAAGGGUAUGGCCCCUGAGAUCCCAGAGGAUUUGUAUCAUCUUAUCAAGAAGGCUGUUGCCAUGAGGAAGCAUCUUGAAAGGAACAGGAAGGAUAGAGACUCCAAAUUCCGUCUCAUUCUGGUUGAAUCCCGUAUUCACCGUCUUGCUCGUUACUACAAGAAAAAGAGAGUAUUGCCACCAACAUGGAAGUAUGAGUCCUCCACUGCCUCUGCCCUCGUAGCCUAAUCCACUGGUCACAGGACAGCACUAUGGGUUCACACCACACAGGCCAGAUACAGAGACUAUGAGAUAUACGAUUAUAUGGACUCAUUAGAAUUAUCUGAAAAUACCAUAGUGUAAAUAAAUCAUGAAGAAACAGA